AUGGAUAAAGCAAUGCAACAAGCCGCACAAAGAGCGGCACACUUGACGCUGACAAGAUCACGAUUGGUAGCCCUUGGCCAACUACCAGGCCCACCUCUAGAACCUCCAAGACGAAACCGUGCAACAGGAGACGAUGACGUGGAUGGGGAACCAAUUCAGGACAACAAGUUAGAAGGCCUAAUCGACGACGCAGCCGGUAUCUUACAAGGACCACUCAUUGGGUCAGACGCCGCCGCCAAGACUUCCUGGGCUCCCCCAGUGCAAAAGGGGAAAGGGAAAGCGGUGGACAACACCAGCCCUACGCCAUCUUGGGCAAAAUCACCAGAGAUUACCCCCUACCCAGGUAAGCGUCAACAGUAA